GAAAGUGCAGAGCGGAGCUGGUGUCAGGAGAGGAAAGGAUUACAAUGGAGUCAGACAGACAGAGGGACAUGUGAACCCCCCACACCUACCUCCCCCCUCCCCCAUACACAGAGGAGCUGUCAUGGCGUCAUCCCGAUACUCCUCCCACGGAUCUCUGACCAGGCCACCAUUGAGGAAGCACCCAAUCCUGAGUGUGUAUGAGCUGGAGAAGAUCCUCUAUAACCGGGAAGACGUCAUGGAACCACGCCGACGAAGUGUCUCCAAAACUCUAUUUAGGAGAUCAGGAUGAUCGCAGCCAAUAAUGGGAACUCCUCCGUCUGCGGAUCACUCACAUCCUGAAUGCGGCUCAUUAGUCGCUGGAGAGGAGGAAAGAAUACUACCGCGGGAUGAAAUUCUGUACAUGGGGAUCGAGGCUCAGGACAGCCCGACCUUCGACAAAUGAGCGUUACCAUUUCCACGCAGCCGCUGAUUUUCAUCCAUCGCGCUCUCAGGGAGAGAGGGAAGAUCCUGGUGCACUGUGCGGUGGGGAGGAUGUGAGCAGAUCGGCCACAUUGGUUCUCGCAUAUCUAAUGAUCUACCAGCGAAUGACUUUGGUUGAAGCGAUUAACACGGUGAAGGAGAAGCGAGGAAUCAUCCCGAACCGCGGAUUUCUGCGCCAAUUAUUGGACCUGGAGAGCAAACUGAGACCAAACCACUAG